CCUCCUCUCUUUCUUUUAAAGAUCGGAAGGUCUAAGCUCGCUUUUCGUUUAAAUGCUCUACUUGGCGAAACUGGAUAUCUGAUUCCGGUUUCCGCUUACCACCACCACUACGUACUAUCCAAUUUUGAGAGAGAGAGAGAGAGAGAGAGAGUCUCCAUGUCUGACUUGGAGUUUUUUCUCUUUCUUCUUUCCUCAGUUUUCGCUCUAUUCCUGAUCUUCAAUGUCAUAAAAGCCAAGCAAAACACUCUCAAUCUUCCCCCAGGAACCAUGGGCUGGCCUUUCAUCGGCGAGACCAUUGGAUAUCUGAAGCCUUACUCAGCUACUUCCGUUGGAGAAUUCAUGGAGCAACACAUAUCCAGGUUUGGGAAAAUUUUCAAGUCGCAUUUGUUCGGCGGCCCGACGAUCGUCUCGGCCGACGCCGAGCUGAACAAAUUCAUAUUGCAGAAUGAAGGAAGAUUGUUUGAGUGCAGCUAUCCAAGAAGCAUCGGCGGAAUUCUCGGGAAAUGGUCUAUGCUGGUUUUGGUCGGAGACAUGCACAGAGACAUGAGAAUCAUCUCUCUCAAUUUCUUGAGCAAUGCUAGGCUCAAGACGCAUCUCUUGCCAGAGGUGGAGAAGCAAACCUUGCUUGUGCUGAGCUCCUGGAAGGAUAAUUCCACGUUUUGCGCCCAAGACGAAGCAAAGAAGUUCACUUUCAACUUGAUGGCGAAGCAUAUAAUGAGCUUGGAUCCUGGAGAGGCCGAGACGGAACAGCUGAAGAAAGAGUACAUUACUUUCAUGAAAGGAGUGGUUUCGCCUCCUCUGAACUUUCCUGGAACGGCGUAUAGAAAGGCCUUGAACUCUCGAUCAACGAUCCUGAAAUUUAUUGAACGUAAAAUGGAAGAGCGAGUUUGGAAAAUGAAAGAAGGAAGAGAGAGCUUGGAAGACGAUGAUCUUCUCGGUUGGGUGCUGAAGCAUUCGAAUCUUUCUAAGGAGCAAAUCCUCGACUUAGUUCUGAGCUUGCUCUUCGCCGGCCAUGAGACUUCUUCCGUCGCCAUAGCUUUGGCCAUCUAUUUCUUGCAAGCCUGUCCCACUGCUGUUCACCAGUUGACUGAAGAGCACGUUGGAAUCGUCAAAGCCAAGAAGCAAUCAGGAGAGUCGCCGGAAUUGACCUGGGACGACUACAGGAAGAUGGAAUUUACUCAAUGUGUUAUUAACGAGACACUGAGAUACGGAAACGUCGUGAGGUUUCUACACAGAAAGGCGAUCAAAGAUGUGCGCUAUAAAGGAUAUGACAUUCCACGUGGGUGGAAAGUGCUCCCGGUAAUUGCUGCCGUGCAUUUGGAUUCCUCGCAUUUUGACCGACCCCAACGCUUCGAUCCUUGGCGAUGGCAGAACAAUGGUGGAUCGUCGUCUAGCUCGGGAGCCACAGUGAACAACAACUACAUGCCAUUCGGGGGAGGGCCACGACUCUGUGCAGGAUCGGAGCUAGCGAAGCUUGAAAUGGCGCUCUUCAUCCACCACCUAGUCCUCAAUUUCCGGUGGGAACUGGCCGACGCCGACCAAGCCUUUGCCUUCCCGUUCGUCGAUUUCCCCAAAGGCCUGCCAGUCAAAGUUCACCGCCACACUUUGAAUCAUUGAUCGGCGAUCAGUUUCGGGUUCCAUUAUGUUAAAUAUGAGGGAAAGGGAUAUGGACUAACGUGAAAACACCCCGAAAAUAAAAGUUUCUAGAGUACCACGCACACUACUUGUCAAGGGCAAAGAGCCAAAAGGAGGGCUCCACGAGUAACAUGGUUCAUAAUGUGCAUAAAUUUGUACACGCUACGAUAGCGUGCACAAGUUGGGCACCGCAUCUCUAAGAAGAUCUAUUUGGUCCUUGGUUGGAAGCUGCAUGCUCAAUGAAUUGAAGCCAUACAUUUCCGCUUCUGCUUUGAUUCUGGCUUAGAAGUUAAAAGGCUUGUUGGACCUCCUUCUACUGCACGUACACCAUUUCUUUGCAUGUUUCUCCAUUUCAAUGAUUGUUUUCCAAGCUUUUAUGUUUUAUAUAUAUGCACGUGAAACUUGCAUCUUAAGCUUAUAUAUAUAGGGCCUGUUUGUUAUAGCUUAAAAUUUGUAAUUUUUAGCUUCUAAUUUCAAAAAAUAGAUAUGUAAUGUUUGUUUUAACUUUUAGAAUUAUACCUUAUAUCUUCUAAUAGCUUUCAGAAGGGGUAGAAGCUGACUUUUUUAAAGGUGCGGUACCCCAUCUUCUACAAUUUCUGAUUAAACAGUUAUAUUUUUUUUGACAAUUUUGUCCCUAUUUUUAACAAAGAAUUACUCUUUUGUCCACGUA